AUGGAGUCGGUUCCCACCGCUGUGUUUGUGUUCGCACCAUUAUCGGCGGUCAUCCUGCACGAGUUCAUUCUGCGACGAGUGGAAGUCGACCAUUUGACCCUUCACAUCCUUGGGCUAGCGAUUACCGCAUACUCGGUUCUGUCAUAUUACACUGGACUCAUCACUGCGACAGUGGUGACGAGUUCCUUCUGGGUUCCACUAUGGCUGUACAUCGGAGCGUAUCGUGCCUUCUUCCACCCACUCAAUGACUACCCGGGACCUUGGGCCGCGAAGCUAUCGAGAUGGUGGACUCUCAAACAGACAUAUGACAGUAGCUUGCAUUACCAUCGAGUGCUACAGCGGUUGCAGGGUCAACACGGCGAUUAUGUUAGGACGGGACCACGUGAGCUCACCAUCUUUGAUGCAGCUGCGAUCCAACCAAUCCUUGGGGCCCAAUCGAAUACUUCAAAGGGACCAUUCUUUGACGUCAUGGAAAGAUCGUUGCACCUCAAUCGCGACAAGGCGUUCCACCGCCAGCGUCGCAAGGUCUGGGAUAACGCGAUGAAGGCAUCGCUUUCCGACUACGCGCCGCAGGUCGAGAGAUUCACAGAUCAGCUACUUACACGCUUGAGGAAUGAGGAAGGAAGAUCAAUUCCACUAUUUGAGUACGCAACAUACUACAGCUACGAUGUCAUGGCAGCGCUAGCCUUUGGCAAACCCAUGGGCUUCAUCAAAGGUGAACAAAGCGAUAUCGCUGCGAGUGUUCUUGCUACUUUUACGAAUAGCGUCCAGGCUUUGGGAUACAUGUAUCACAUGCCAUGGUUGAUGAAUGCAAUCGGCGUACUUACUUCAUUUGCUGGACCCAUGAAGGAAUGGCGAGACUGGAGCGUGAGCCAGAUGAAAGCACGCAUGCAAAUCAGAGAUGCCAAACCCGAUUUAAUCUCACACCUCAUAGCCUCCACCCCAAAAACCUCAGAAGGCCGCGAACUCCUCUACGGCGAAUCACGCCUCAUCAUCUCCGCCGGCAGCGAGACAACUUCCACCGCCCUAACCUUCAUCUUCAUGCACCUGGCCACACACCCACACUACAUGGCUGCCGUCCGCGCCGAAUUUCUAGCAAACAUCGACAGUUACGACUGUCAGCGCCCCAUGCCAAUGUUAGAAUCCGUAAUCCAGGAAUCAAUGCGCAUGUGGCCUUCCGUCUUUUUCGGCUCCCAACGCGUCACACCACGACAAGGCAUGGAGAUAAACGGACGGUUCAUCCCAGGGAACAUGAUUGUGCAUAUACCUUUAUUUCCACUGUUUCACGAUGCGAGGAACUUCGUCGCGCCUGAUCAGUUUAUUCCUGAGCGCUGGACUACGAAGCCUGAGUUGGUACUGAACAGGCAGGCGUUCAUCCCGUUUUCGACCGGCUCGCAUAGUUGUGCAGGGAAGGCGCUGUCACUGAUGGAACUAAGGAGUGUCAUCGGGAGGGUGAUCGCGGAGUUCGAUGUUAUGCUUGAUGAGGGAACGGAUGUGCAUGCUUAUUGGGAGGGUAUCCUGGAUCAUUUCACUGCAGGAGCGCCACCAAUAAUGGUUAGGUUCGUCAGGGCACAGUAA